GCUGUAGUUUUCUCUUUUUUUCUUUUUUUUUUAAGGAAGAAGAAGGGCUCAACAUAAGGACAUACAACAAUACGGAGAAAUAAGGGCCAGGGUUCCUCGCGGCGUCGUCUACAGAAAUAUCUGCGCUUUAUAUGCGGCGUUAGUCGGAGACAACAGGUAAUCCAUCCAGUGACACUGUGAGCCAGUAGGAGGUGAGAAGUGCAUCUGCAGCAACAUGUCGGCCAGAGGAGGGAAAAAGAAGACCACCAAACUGUCCCGCUCAUCCCGGGCAGGGGUCAUUUUUCCAGUUGGGAGAAUGAUGAGAUAUCUGCGCACAGGCACCCAUAAGUAUCGCAUUGGCAUGGGUGCACCUGUAUACAUGGCAGCUGUCAUUGAGUACCUGGCAGCUGAAAUUUUGGAGUUGGCUGGUAAUGCAGCAAGAGAUAACAAGAAAGGCAGAAUUACUCCUCGGCACAUCAAGCUAGCUGUGGCUAAUGAUGAGGAGCUGAACCAGCUGCUCAGAGGGGUGACUAUCUCUAAUGGUGGUGUUUUGCCUCGUAUCCAUCCUGAGCUGCUCUCCAAGAAGAGAGGAAGCAGAGUGAAGGUUGACUCUCAGGCGAUCACCCCAGAGAAGACGGAGAAACAAUCCAAGAGCAACAAGAGAUCUGCCAAAAAGGGCAGAGGAAAACCAGGCCGCAAACCCAGGAAGACUACAGAGAACGACAAAGAUGGAUCCAACACAGUGGAUGAUGGACCAGGAGAGGGAUUUACUAUUCUCUCAGCGAAGAGUUUGUUCCUGGGACAAAAGUUGUCUCUUACAGAGAGCGAGCUGAGCAAGAUUGGAAACAUCAAAGUGGAGGGAAUUAUUAAUCCCACAAAUGCAGAUAUUGAUCUGAAAGAUGGAGUUGGGAAUGCCCUGGAGAAGGCUGGGGGGAAGGAUUUCCUGGAUGCUGUGAAAGAACUGAGGAAAUCACACAGUCCUUUGGAGGUCGCGUCAGCCGUGGUUAGCCAGGCUAGCGGUAUGGCAGCACGUUUCAUCAUCCACUGCAACGUCCCGCAGUGGGGCUCUGAGAGGUGUGAGGAUCAGCUGGAGAAGACCGUGAAAAACUGCCUCUCUGCUGCAGAAGAGAAGAAGCUCAAAUCUGUGGCCUUCCCAUCUCUGCCAGCUGGAAGAAAUGGUUUCCCAAAGCAAACUGCAGCCCAGCUGAUACUGAAGGCCAUUUCAAACCAUUUUGUUUCCGCAACCACCUCCUCACUGAAGAACAUUUACUUUGUGCUCUUUGACAGUGAGAGCAUCGGGAUCUAUCUGCAGGAAAUGGCCAAGAUGGACAGCAAGUGAUCAGCAUCGUCCCACCGCGGGUUUGUUGUGUUUUUAGGUUUCAUAGCCUGGAUGCUAGUCUGUUUAAAUGUUCUUCAGAUGAAUCGUCUGUACCUCAUAAUUUUUUGGUCAUUGAAACAAAUUUGAAUUGGCAGAAAUUAGCAUCCAGGCUAUCAGCAGCAGCAAGCAGGUGGUUUUCCCAGUUCGUAUAGCGAGACUGAAGGUACUAUAGGUAUAUUCAGAACAGAAGGUGUAUAAACAAGGCUGUUUGUGAGUGAAGUACUGUACGCAUUUAUGUUACACUGUUCUCCUUUAUGGCACCAGUUCAAGUAGAUAAAAAUUAAUUUUUGCCAUUUCUAUUCUUAGACUGAUCUUGUUUUUACAUUCCAUGUUGUACAAAGACUUUUGACCAUUGUUUUGCAGCUAGAUUCCCUGUGUAGUUUCUGAUACAGUUAGUUUACUAAGAAAAAGUGUUUCUCAUUCUGAUUUGAAAUAAAACCAGAUGUUUUACACCAUACAUCAGGUGUAAUCACUGA